AUUUUUAUCAUUUGUUAUCAUGGCCACAACUAUCUUUUGUAGCUGAAGAUCAUAAAGGAAGAAUUGUUGGUUAUGUUUUGGCUAAAAUGGAAGAAGAUCGUGAAGACGAACCACCACAUGGUCAUAUAACAUCUCUUUCAGUUAUGAGAACUUAUCGAAGGUUAGGUAUAGCUGAAAAAUUGAUGACUCAGGCUC